GAGAGAGAGAGAGAGCGAGAGAUGGGAAGAGAAAGCAAGUAUGAGUCUGUACUUUCAUGGGCAGAUGAGGUGGAGAUGGAAGAAGAAGAAGCUCAAGCUCAGGUACAUCUGAAGCAGAAGUUAAACCCAUUUGGCUCUGCAAGACCCAGAGAAGUUGUUCUCCAGGAGAGAGGCAUUGACUGGAGAAAUCUCGACCAAGGUUUACAACAAACCUCCAAUUCAAGAAACAGGGCUCAGAAUGAGAAGCAGAGCAAAGAAAACAUACCUGGACCUUAUGCCAGAGCCAGUGCAAAGAAGCAGUGCGAAGUUCCAUGGGUUCCUUUGGCUCCCCAGAGCCAGAUUCCUGUGAUAUUUUCUCCACUUCUCAGAUACCCACAUAAGAAUGCCAUCCCCAGAUUGCUUGAGGAGCCCAGCAUUUGCUACAAUCCGUAUGGCUUGGACAAUUGGCAGCAAAAUUUUCAGUGCAAAAAUCACUUAGAGGAGCUGGGUCUUCCAGUGGAGGCACCACGUAAUGGCAAAAGAUUUAGAGAACCAGCAGCUUGUAAGAACCAGCAAGAAAGAAGCUCUUCUGCUUAUGAAAGGAGGAGGAGGCUCAAUGCAGAGAAUUUGGUAGGUUGGCCACUGGUAUAUGAAAGGAGAGCAACGACACCCCUUGUUAGACAAGAUAAAAGGUGGUCAUUGGCUAAUGAGAGAAAUUGGAGGAACCCACAAGAUGAUUAUGGGAGACAUGGCAGUAGAAUGGAAAGAACUCUUUCUGCAGAAUUUGAAUGGGAAGUAAUGGGUUUGGAGAAUGGAAGGCAAAAAGUUGGUGGGAUGGUCAUGGUCACAAGUCCCUUCACCGCGGCAGCUGGUAAUGGAGGGAGAGUUGGAGCUACCCAAAAUAUGAAGAUGAAUAUAGCAAAUUGUGGUGUGAACCACAGGAGAAGAGGGAUUGAAUUGGGAUCCAACAAGAGUGGCAAUCAUCGGAAGAGAACAUGAAAUACGAGCGUAACUAAUUAACGCUCUCUCUUUUUCAAUCUUCAAAUUGUAACUCUUUCUUGCUACUAUUAGCGACAACUUUGGCCUCUAAAAGCCUAGAACAAAUUUAACAUAAUUUAACUGAUUUUCUUCAAGCUGUCCUCUUCUGUAAGCAAAUUGAUUUGUUUGACAUGGUCGUGGAAGGAGAUGCUCUUCAAAUGGUCAAAGAGAUCAAUUUGGCCAAUCCUACUCUUAGCAGGAAUGGACACUUCAUCGAUGGCGUCAAGACUGAACUAAGCUCCCUCCGGUCUUAUUCUGUUGUUCAUUUACGAAGAGAGGCCAAUUAUGCAGCUCAUAUCUGCCAAAUCGGCUGUAACACAAAUCAUACAUUCGAUAUGGUU